AGAGGGAUUGUGGGUAUUGUAGUCCAAUGCACAUGCGCAACAGGAGGUUAGGGUGACUUAACAGAGGCUGAAAAAGAACCCACUGCUUAGCGAACCGAAGGUCAAUCGUUCUUGAUACCCCAAGCAAGGAAACAGAAUAACGUUGACUGACGAAGUCGGAAUACAUCCCUCGAACUACACGUCCCAGUGUGCUUUGCGCAGCGCGGCCAUUGCGCCUGCGCCCUCGCAGCCGGUUACUAGCGUCUGCGAGGCUGCAGUUCCCGCUGGUGCCGGCACCGCAGAGACCAGAGCUGAGGGUCGACCGCCGUCACAGCGGAAGAGCAAGGGAAAGGAUGUGGGUUUUUGGUUACGGGUCCCUGAUCUGGAAAGUGGACUUCCCCUAUCAGGACAAGUUGGUUGGAUACAUCACAGGCUACAACAGGCGCUUCUGGCAGGGGAGCACCGACCACCGCGGGGUCCCGGGCAAGCCUGGAAGAGUUGUGACUCUUGUUGAAGAUCCUGGGGGUUGUGUAUGGGGUGUUGCUUACAGACUGCCAGUAGGAAAGGAAGAAGAAGUAAAAGCAUACCUUGACUUCAGAGAGAAAGGAGGCUACAGGACCACAACAGUCAUUUUUUAUCCAAAAGAUCCCACAACAAAACCAUUUAGUGUGUUGCUAUAUAUUGGAACAUGUGAUAAUCCUAAUUAUCUUGGUCCUGCACCUCUGGAAGACAUUGCUGAACAAAUUUUUAAUGCAGCUGGUCCAAGUGGAAAAAAUACAGAAUAUCUUUUUGAACUUGCAAAUUCUAUUAGGAACAUUGUGCCAGAAGAUGCAGAUGAGCAUCUUUUCUCUUUGGAAAAAUUAGUAAAGGAACGUUUAGAAGGAAAACAGAACCUCAAUUGCUUAUAAAGACCUAAUCAUUGACUUUUUCAAACAAGCAGAGCGUUUAGUCUUCAGAGAAUAGGUUCAUGUACACUGGCAAUAUGAUUUGGAAACAUGUUUGUUUACUUGAAGAUCUUAUUUAUUUUUAAUGUUGUAUUAUUCAAGCUAUGAUCAAAUGUGUGGUUUAAUUGCACAUAUCCUAAAACACAUAAAUAUUUAAAAUACUGGGAUAGAGUUAAAGAAAAAUUCAAGUCUUAAUAAUAUAAUGGUUUCCUAGCUAAAUAAUAUUGAACACUUGCUCAUGAGAAGUGAGUUCUUUAGAAAAGUACAAUGAAGGAUGAAGUUCAGAGCUUGUUAUUUUCAGAGUAAAAAUAAUUGUGUCAUUUCAUGUCACAAUUCUAUUUUCAAGUUGUAGAGAAUUAAACCAAAAGAUAAUACCUUCAAUAUAUUUCUGUACAGUAAUUCUGUAACCGUGGUUUAGAAUAUAUAAUCUUAAAAUAAUGUAUAAUUAGAAAUAUAUGGUAAUAUAGACAAGAUUUCAACCUUGAUUGUGAAUUUCCUUGUUCAGGUAUUAUAUAAGACCCUUUCCAAUUUAAAUCAAAAAGACUGGCAUUUUUAAUAUAAAAAUUUCCUUAGAAUUAUAA